CCCCCGCCACCUCAAGGGCCGCGAGAUCGGGCUGUGGUACGCGCGGAAGCAGGGCCAGAAGAGCAAGGAGACGGACCGGCAGCAGAGAGCCGUUGUGCGUAUGGAUGAACGCAGGGAAGAGCAAAUUGUGCAGCUGUUGAAUACGGUCCAAACUAAAAAUGAAAAGGAGCAAGAAGCCAUGUCCUGGUGGUCUGGGGAUGAAGAAGGACCUACUCCAGAACAGCCUGCAAAAGUGAAAACAGAUACUGAAAAAGCUCCUGUAAGACAGAGGCCAGUCUUGGAAAAAACAUUUCUUGAUCGGGAUGUGGAAUAUCUCUUUGAAAAAAAUGAGCAAGAUACUGAUUUAGAUGAGCAACUUAAAGAAGACCUAAGAAAGAAGAAAUCUGAUCCUAGAUAUAUUGAAAUGCAGAGAUUCCGAGAGAAACUCCCUUCAUACGGGAUGAGACAGGAACUUGUAAACCUUAUAAACAAUAAUCGAGUAACUGUGAUAAGUGGUGAAACUGGUUGUGGAAAGACAACCCAAGUUACACAGUUCAUCUUGGAUGAUUACAUAGAGCGAGGGAAAGGGUCUAUGUGCAGGAUUGUUUGUACUCAGCCUAGGAGGAUCAGUGCUAUUUCGGUGGCUGAGAGAGUUGCUGCUGAAAGGGCAGAAGCAUGUGGUAAUGGCAAGAGUACAGGAUACCAAAUUCGUCUACAGAGUCGGUUACCAAGGAAACAAGGUUCAAUUUUAUACUGUACCACAGGAAUUGUCCUACAGUGGCUCCAGUCAGAUAAGCACUUGUCCAGCAUUAGUCAUGUAGUCCUUGAUGAAAUUCAUGAAAGAAAUCUUCAGUCAGAUGUCUUAAUGAGCAUUAUUAAAGAUCUUUUGAAUAUUCGUUUGGAUUUGAAAGUAAUACUAAUGAGUGCUACUUUAAAUGCAGAGAAGUUUUCGGAGUAUUUUGAUCAUUGUCCAAUGAUUCACAUACCUGGGUUCACUUUCCCUGUGGUGGAGUAUCUUCUUGAAGACGUAAUUGAGAAGUUGAGGUAUACUCCAGAGAACACAGAUCGUCGGCCACGGUGGAAGAAAGGCUUCAUGCAAGGACAUGUAAGCAGACCAGAAAAAGAAGAGAAAGAGGAAAUCUACAGGGAACGAUGGCCAGACUAUUUGAGGCAGCUGCGGGGCAGGUAUUCAGCAAGUACUAUAGAUGCCUUGGAAAUGAUGGAUGAUGACAAGGUCGACCUUGACCUUAUAGCAGCACUUAUCAGACACAUCGUUUUGGAAGAAGAGGAUGGUGCAAUUCUAGUGUUUCUUCCAGGCUGGGACAACAUUAGCACUUUGCAUGAUCUCUUGAUGUCACAAGUCAUGUUUAAGUCAGAUAGGUUUAUUAUCAUACCUUUACAUUCAUUGAUGCCUACUGUUAACCAGACUCAGGUUUUUAAGAAGACCCCGCCAGGAGUAAGGAAAAUCGUGAUUGCUACCAACAUUGCAGAGACUAGCAUUACAAUAGAUGACGUCGUGUUUGUUAUAGAUGGUGGAAAAAUAAAGGAAACUCACUUUGACACACAGAACAACAUUAGCACAAUGGCAGCAGAGUGGGUUAGUAAAGCUAAUGCCAAGCAGAGGAAAGGUCGAGCAGGAAGAGUUCAGCCAGGCCACUGUUAUCAUCUGUACAAUGGACUACGUGCUAGCCUUCUAGAUGAUUAUCAGUUACCAGAGAUCUUGAGGACACCUUUGGAAGAGCUCUGUUUACAAAUCAAGAUUCUAAAGCUUGGUGGAAUUGCUUAUUUUCUGAGCAAACUAAUGGAUCCACCAUCUCGUGAUGCUGUAAUGUUGGCUAUAAAUCAUCUAAUGGAGCUGAAUGCUUUGGACAGACAAGAAGAACUGACUCCACUAGGUGUCCAUUUAGCACGAUUACCAGUUGAACCACAUAUUGGAAAGAUGAUCCUCUUUGGAGCUUUAUUCUGCUGCUUGGAUCCAGUACUUACAAUUGCAGCUAGCCUCAGCUUCAAAGACCCUUUUGUCAUUCCUCUGGGCAAAGAGAAAGUAGCGGAUGCAAGAAGAAAGGAACUGUCAAAGAACACUAAGAGUGAUCAUCUAACUGUGGUGAAUGCUUUCACGGGCUGGGAAGAGACUCGGCGGCGUGGUUUCAGAACUGAGAAAGACUAUUGCUGGGAGUAUUUCCUGUCUUCAAAUACACUCCAGAUGCUGCAUAACAUGAAAGGACAGUUUGCUGAGCAUCUCCUUGCAGCUGGAUUUGUGAAUAGCAGAGACCCCAAGGAUCCCAAAUCUAAUACCAACUCAGAUAAUGAGAAGUUGCUCAAAGCGGUCAUCUGUGCUGGCUUAUAUCCAAAAGUUGCAAAGAUCCGGCCAAGUUUCAGCAAAAAGAGAAAAAUGGUGAAAGUUUGCACCAAGACAGAUGGAACAGUUAAUAUUCAUCCGAAAUCGGUUAAUGUGGAAGAAACAGAGUUCCAUUAUAACUGGCUUGUGUACCAUUUGAAGAUGCGAACUAGCAGUAUUUACUUGUAUGAUUGUACAGAGGUCUCUCCCUAUUGUCUCUUGUUCUUCGGAGGAGAUAUAUCCAUUCAGAAGGAUAAAGAUCAGGAUACCAUCGCUGUGGAUGAAUGGAUUGUUUUCCAGUCUCCAGCAAGAAUAGCGCACUUAGUUAAGAAUUUAAGACAAGAGCUUGAUGAUCUUCUACAAGAAAAAAUAGAAAACCCACAUCCCGUGGACUGGAAUGAUGUUAAAUCCAGGGAGACAGCAGUACUGACAGCUAUUAUAGACUUAAUCACAACACAGGAGAAUGAAAGUGCCAGAAACUAUGCUCCACGAUUCCAGAGUGAACGCUAUAGUUGACACACUUUCAUCUGUAUUGAUAAAGCCAACACAUUCACCUUGUUUUGUUUUUUAUAGCAUUUAUUUAGCUAGAGGAAAAACUUUUUUAGGGUAAGCUGCUAAUUCCCUCAUACUGAAGAGCAGUUAUUUCAAAAUAGUUGGUAAUAUCUGUAUAUGCAUGGUAUUCUGUGUUCAGUGUAGCUUUUUAAAUAAGAGAAAUGCAAUGCUAGCAAUGUUAGUU